AUGGCGGAUGUCCCAACGUUGAGUGUAACUUGCCUGGGUGCCGGACAGGAGGUCGGCCGCUCGUGUUGUGUGCUCCAAUACAGAGGCAAAACUGUCGUUUGUGAUGCAGGCGUUCAUCCUGCAUACACCGGCAUGGCUUCUUUGCCUUUCAUCGACGAGCUCGACUGGAGCACCGUAGACGUACUUCUCAUCACCCAUUUCCAUCUAGACCAUGCCGCGUCGCUGACCUACAUUAUGGAGAAGACAAACUUUCGCGAUGGACACGGAAAAGUGUACAUGACGCAUCCCACAAAGGCGGUGUACAAGUUCAUGAUGCAGGACUUCGUCCGCAUGAGCUCUUCAUCCUCCGACGCUCUCUUCUCCCCCCUCGACCUGUCAAUGUCCCUCUCGUCUAUCAUCCCAGUGUCCGCGCACCAGCUCAUCACCCCGUUUCCGGGUAUUUCCUUCACCCCUUAUCACGCUGGACACGUCCUGGGCGCCUGCAUGUUCCUCAUCGACAUUGCGGGUCUCAAGAUUCUGUACACGGGCGACUACUCCCGCGAAGAAGACCGGCAUCUAGUCAAGGCCGAGUUACCUCCGAUUCGCCCGGACGUGUUGAUAGCGGAGAGUACGUGGGGAGUGCAAAGCGGAGAUAGCAGAGAGGAAAAGGAGGCACGGUUCACGAACAUCGUGCACUCCAUCAUUAAGAGAGGCGGCCAUGUCCUCAUGCCGACGUUCGCUAUUGGACGUGCACAGGAGCUCCUGCUCAUCCUGGACGAGUAUUGGUCCAAGCAUCCGGAGCUUCACAAUGUACCUAUUUAUUAUGCAUCAUCUUUAGCUCGCAAGUGUAUGGCCGUCUACCAAACGUACAUCCAUACCAUGAACUCCAAUAUUCGUUCUCGUUUCGCCAAGCGCGACAAUCCUUUUGUCUUCAAACAUAUUUCCCAUGCACCACAAAACCGCGGCUGGGAGCGUAAACUCGCCGAAGGACCGCCCUGCGUAAUCUUGGCCUCGCCGGGUAUGCUUCAAUCUGGUCCAAGCCGUGAGCUCCUUGAACUCCUGGCGCCUGACUCGAGGAAUGGAUUAGUACUCACGGGGUACUCCGUGGAAGGGACGCCUGCCAGGGAUAUCAUCAACGAACCGGACGAAAUCCAGUCAUAUCGCACGGGCGCACCAAUUCCGCGCAAGCUCUCUGUCGACUAUAUUUCCUUCUCUGCCCACGUCGAUGGCGCGCAGAACCAAGAAUUCAUCGAGAAGGUUGGCGCACAGCAUGUCAUCCUCGUACAUGGCGAACAGACGGCGAUGGGUCGUCUCAGUGCGGCACUACAAGCGAAAUACAAAGCGCGGGAUGAAGAGGUCAAAAUCCAUAUGCCGCGCAACUCGGAAACACUGGAUCUCACGUUCCGUGGCGAGCGUGUCGCGAAGGCGAUCGGGACGUUGGCCAGCAAGCCGCCGCAAGCCAACGAGACGUUGUCUGGAUUGCUCGUCUCGAAAGACUACUCUUACACCCUCCUCGCACCCCGCGACCUGCGCGAUUUUGCCGGGUUGUCGACUUGCGUGGUGACGCAAAGGCAGCGAUUGAUCUUGGGUGUAGGUUGGGAGCUAGUCCGAUGGCACCUGGAAGGGAUGUUUGGGAAGGUGGAGGAAGGCGCUGAUAAGGAUGGAAUUCCUACUAUGCGGGUCAUGGGGACAGUGGAUGUGAAGCAAACAGCCGAACACGAGCUUACACUGGAAUGGGACUCGAGCGCCAGUAAUGAUAUGAUCGCCGACUCAACUCUAGCGCUGAUCACUGGCAUCGAUCAAAGUCCCGCCUCUGUGAAAUUGACCUCCCACUCCCACAGCCAUGACCAUGACCACCACCAUCCCCACGCGGACGAUGAGACCGAGUCGGCCACGGUCAUGCGCAUCCAGCGUCUCGCCAUGUUCCUAGAAGCGCAUUUCGGCGAAGUCGAGCUGUACAUGCCAGACAACGCGCCAGACGCCGAUCGCGAAGCAGGCGAGGACGGCGAGAACGAGCCCUCGUUAUUCGUCGCGCUUGACGAAGCUGACGCGAGGAUAAAUCUAGCUACGAUGACCGUAACCAGUAGCAGCGAGGCGCUCCGCAAGCGAGUAGAAGCGGUCCUUGAGAUGGCCGUGUCGACUGUCACCUCCCUUGCGGAUACGUUCAGUUCCGGGGCUCCUCUG